GAAACCUUCCAGAACACAUUUGACAAACUCUAUCCCAUCGAGUCCUUUUACAGUAUGGGAUUCCCAGUCAAUAUGCAAAAACUUAAAAUCACCUACUAUCACAAUCUCAUACUUUUUACAACGAGUACAACUGUUUGGCAAUGCCAGGCUGCAGCCUAUGUAGAGGUGAGGGUCACCCUGAAGUUCGGUGCAGCCACUACCGAGGCUGCGUGCAGAAGGCCUGCAGUCCAAGUGUAAAGAUGGCUGGGCAGACCAGGUGCCCUGAGUGUGGAUCCAAUGCAGUGGAAGAAGACACACAUUACAGCCAGAGCCACAUGGUGUGUACCGAAUGUGGUUUCCUGUUGACUGAGGGGCUGCUCACUACGACACGCACCGAAGAAACUUUCCUCCAAGCAGUGAACUACACCCAGAGCACAGCUGCAGCGAAGAUGCCUUGUCGGAAUAAAGUACAAGGUAUGAGGCGGGUCCGUGACCUGUGCCAAAUUCUCCGUCUGCGUCCAGUUGUACAGGACACAGCCAUGGAGCUUUAUGUCCGAGCCUAUGACCACGAUGAGUUCCUGCAUGUCACUCUGGAGAAGAAAGAGGCUUUGGUGGGCUGCUGUAUUCACAUCGCUUGUCGACAGCAUAACUGGCCUCUGACCAUGGGCACCCUGUAUUCUCUCCUCCAUGUGGAAGCCACCCUCUUCUCGACUGUCUACCUGCAGUUGGUGAAGGAACUGCAGCUGGAUAUUCCCACUCUCAGUCUGAAGGAUUUGGUGACGACUCACUGCAAUGGAUUUCAUGACCUUACGAAGGACCUGGUGGACCAAGCAGGAACUUUGUCUCUAAGAGGAUUACCACCCUGGUGGAAGCGAGGCAGAAGGUGGGGUGGGGGGGGGGGGAAAUUCGAAGCCAGGCUGAAACGCAGAGGGAUGAGGCUGUCACUACCCGGCAUCUUGUUAGCAAACAUGCAGUUGCUGGAGAACAAAAUUGAGAACCUGAGGACAAGAUUGAUGCAUCAGAGGGAAAUGAGAGAUUGUUGUGUUCUAUGUCUGAAUGAGGCGUGGCUUUCUCCCAGCACUCUAGACACAGCGAUUAGACCUGAAGGCUUCUCAAUUUACAGAAUGGACCAAACUGCCGAUUUGGAAAAGGCAAAAGGUGGAGGUGUGUGUUUCAUGAUAAAACUCUCAGUGAUGCUCCAACAUGGUAGUUUUGGCGAACUUGUGUCCCCCGACCUUGAACACCUAAUGGUCAAAUCCUAUCCGUUCUAUUUACCUAAGGAGUUUUCCUCCAUAAUCCUGACAGCAGUUUACACAUCACCAGUGGCUGACUAUAAUCAAGUGCUCGAGAUAUUACAUGAUACCGUCUCCAGACAAGGUCCAUCUUGAUGCACUUCAAAUCAUAGUUGGGGAUUUCAAACAAACUUGGUUGAAGAAAACCCUGCCCAAUUACCAUCAGCAUAUAACCUGUAACACCAGAAAUUUCAACACAUUGUUAGACUAAGAUAAGGAAUGCCUACUGUUCCAUGACCGCUUUUCGGUAAAUUGGAUCACUUGACUGUCCUUCUCCUAUCUGCAAAGUUCCAGAGGUUACGACAACAAGGAGAUGGUCAUGUGAGGCAGAGGAGCUGCGAUGGGAUUGCUUCCAGUUGGUGAACCAGGCCAUGUUCAAGGACUCAACUGUGGAUCUGAAUGAAUACACUAUGAAGGAAAGACAGUGCCUAUAUUUCAUUAGGAGUUUGGGGAGAUUUGGUUUGUCAACAAUAACACUCAAAAACUCAAAAUGUACCAUGAGGAGCAUUAUGCCCACCUGGUAUGGGGGGGGGGGGGGGUACUAAACAAGAUCAAAAUGCAUUGCAGGAACUUGUAAGAUUGGUCAGGUCCAUGAUGGGUACUCGCCUCUGUAGCAUCCAAGACAUCCCAAGGAGCAAUGCCUCAGGAAGGCAGCGUCCAUCAUUAAGGACCCCCAUCACCCAGGACAUGGCCUCUUCUCAUUGAUACCAUCGGGAAGGAGGUACAGAAUUCUGAAGGCACACACUCAGUAAUUUAGGAACAGCUUCAUCCCUUCUGCCAUCCAAUUUCUAAAUGGACAUUGUACCUAUGGACACUACCUCACUACUUUUUUUACUAGUUUUUUUCCGCAUUACUUAUUUUAACUAUUUGAGAUAUAUAUACAUACAUAUACAUACACACACACACACUCAAUGUAACAGAUUUUUCUCUAUUUUUAUCAUGUAUUUCAUUGUACUGUUGCCAUAAAGUUAACAAAUUUCAUGACAUAUGCCAGUGAUAUCAAAUCUGACUCUGAUUGUCACAGAAUUUAUUGACACAGUUGUAGAUGAGUGCGUCCCCACACAAUCAUUGAGUCUUCCCCAACCAGGAGCCCUUGAUGAAUCAUGAGACUCACAAUCUGCUGACGGCCAGAUCAGAAGCACUUAGGUCUGGGGACCAAGCAAGUUAAAAGAGGUUCAGGUACGAUGUCUGGAAAGCCUUCUCACGGGCGAAGUGGCAAUCCCAAACUAAACUCCAAUCAACCAAUUCACUUCCAGAUGCGCUCAAUGUCUUCUAUGCUCCUUUUGACCGUUAAAACAUGGAGGAGCCAUCUUGAACUCCCGUAGCCCCUGAUGAUCCGGUGAUUUCAAUCUUGAGGCCAAUGUGCUGGCAGCCUUCAGGAGGGUGAAUCCACAAAAAGCAAGUGGACCAGAUGAGGUACCUGGCCAAGUACUAAAAACCUGUACUGAUCAACUGGCUGGAGUGUUCACUGAGAUCUUCAGCUUCUCACUUCAGUAGUCUGAGGUACCCACCUGCUUCAAGCAAACUUCAAAUACAUUGGUGCUUAGAAGAAUGUAGUAACCAGUCUCAAUGACUAUUGCCCAGUAGCAGAUACAUCCACAGAGAUGAACUGUUUUGAAAGGCUGGUGAUGAAACAUAUGAACUGCUGCCUGAGAAGCGACUUGGAUCUGCUCCAAUUUGCCUACCAGAGCAACAAGUCCACAGCAGAUGCCAUCUCAUUGGUUCUUCACUCAACCCUGGAACAUCUGGACAUACAAAGAUACAUACAUUACAUACAUACAUACAUUAGGAUGCUCUUUAUCAUAUGAACUGCUGCCUGAGAAGCGACUUGGAUCUGCUCCAAUUUGCCUACCAGAGCAACAAGUCCACAGCAGAUGCCAUCUCAUUGGUUCUUCACUCAACCCUGGAACAUCUGGACAUACAAAGAUACAUACAUUACAUACAUACAUACAUACAUACAUUAGGAUGCUCUUUAUCAACUACAACUCAGCAUUCAAUACCAUCAUCCCCUCAAAACUAAUCCAUAAGCUCAAAUACCUUGGCCUCAAUACCUCCUUAUACAAUUGGAUCCUAGGUUUCCUCACUAGCAGACGCUAGUCAGUUCGGAUUGCCAACACCAUCUCCUCCACAAUCUCCAUCAGCACAGGUAUACCACGAGGCUGUGUGCUUAGUCUCCUGCUCUACUCACUUUUUACUUAUGACUGUGAGGCCAUAUUCAAGUUUGCCGAUGAUUUAUUGAAUAUGCCCACAAGAAAAUGAAUCUCCGGGUUUCUUAUAUGGCUUAUAUGGACUUUGACAAUAAAUUGACUUUCAACUUUGAA